UUUCAAUCUCUCACUCACAGUAACAGUUCACAGUUGUUCCCUCGUUCCAUAAUACCUGGAGAAAGCGAGCAAAGUUUCAAUGGCUUCAGCUUCGACCUUUCUCUCACACCCAAACCCUCAAGCAAACGACGUCGUCUCCUCUGCAAUAUGCCAGUUCAAGUCAUGUAGCUUCGCCUCCCAGUCAACCUUGUUUGGCUCCAAAUUCGCAUCCAAAUCGCUUUCCUUGCACACCGCCACAACCCGACCCGCCUGCGCUUCCGAUUCGGAACCGAUAUCUGCAUCCCAUUCCCAUCAAACAUUCGAUGUUCUGAUAAUCGGAGCUGGAAUAAUCGGGUUGACCAUAGCCCGGCAGUUCCUAAUCGGGUCGGACCUGUCCGUCGCCGUAAUUGACAAGUCUGUCCCUUGCUCCGGUGCCACCGGUGCUGGCCAAGGCUAUAUAUGGAUGGCACACAAAACACCUGGCAGUGACCUUUGGGACUUCGGACUCAGAAGCCAGAGACUCUGGGAGGACUUGACUGAGAGUUUGAGUGAGCAAGGCUUGGACCCUCUGCAACUAUUGGGUUGGAAGAAAACAGGGAGCUUGCUUGUUGGUAGAACCCCUGAGGAGUCAGACAUGUUAAAACGGAGGGUAAAGCUGCUAUGUGAAGCUGGGUUAAGAGCAGAGUACUUGUCUGCCAUUGACUUGCUUGUGAAGGAACCCGAACUGAUGGUUGAUAAAGAUACUGGAGCUGCCUUUCUGCCUGAUGAUUGCCAAUUGGAUGCUCGUCGUGCAGUUGAAUUCCUUGAAAAGGGUAACAGGCAUUAUUCAUCAAAGGGUAGAUAUGCUGAGUUUUAUAAUGAUCCGGUGAUAAGUUUAUUAAGAUCUGGUGGCAGUGGGGAGGUUGAGGCUAUGAAGACUUCUAGGAAUAUCUUGUACACUAAGAAGGCCAUUGUAGUUGCAGCUGGUUGUUGGAGUGGCUCUUUGAUGUGUGACCUGCUUAGAGAAUCAGAAGUUGUACUGGACGUCCCUGUGAAACCACGAAAGGGUCACCUUCUAGUGCUUGAGAAUUUUAAUUCCUUUCAACUCAAUCAUGGCCUGAUGGAGGUGGGAUAUGUUGAUCAUCAAACUGCAAUUCCACUUCCAAACAUAUCAACUUCUGGAUUGCUUGAUCAUGAUGGACAAACCUUGUCUGUUUCAAUGACAGCCACUAUGGACACAGCGGGGAACAUUGUUCUUGAAUUAUGCAUGAUCAUAUUGUUCUAUGGCAUCUUCCCCCCCUUCCCUCUCUCUCUCUCUCUCUCUCUAGGGAGCAGCCGCCAAUUUGCUGGGUUCUGCUCGGAAUUGGAAGAAUCCAUCAUUAGUCGUAUAUGGGACCGAGCUGGGGAAUUCUUUCCCAAAUUAAGAGAAAAGUCCCUUUCGGAUUUCAGUAAGAGCAGAGAAGUGAGAGUAGGAUUACGACCUUACAUGCCUGAUGGGAAGCCAGUGAUUGGACCUGUGCCAGGUGUGGCAAACGUGUUCCUCGCAACUGGACAUGAAGGGGGAGGACUUUCUAUGGCUCUAGGGACUGCUGAAAUGCUUGCGGAUAUGGUGAUAGGCAAUCCUGAGAAGGUUAAUUCUGCACCGUUUGCUGUUCAUGGCCGAUGUUGAUGAUAAAAAGUGCUAAUCAACAUUAAUACAUCGAUUUUAUUGAUGAUUUCAUGGGCUAUGUUAGUCAUACAUUCACAAUGUACCCCUGGGCACUCCAGAAAGCCUAAGGUCAAGGUCAUGCCUCUGAGCACCUUGGUUUCUUACAGUGUUGGUAUGAAUUGUAUUGUUCCUGCACAUGAGUUGUAUUUUUCUGUCCUCCAUAUGUUGUUGCUUCCAUUGUCUUUCAUCGUGUAUUCUUGUUUUGCCUUAUCUAGCCAUAUAUGCAGUUGAGAAAUGUCUGAAACAUAUUUACAGGCUCUCAUACUAUUUAAAAUACAUUUAUGUCA